GGCAAACAUGAAUAAGCCGGUCUAAAAUCCAAAAGUCAAUGAAUCGGAGCAGCAGAAGACGGCACCUGAAGACCUUGUUCCUUCACCAUCAGUGUCGGUUGAUAACCCGCCAGUGACUUCUGACCCUCCUAUGGAGCAAGCCAGUGAUGACCCUUUGAAUCCUGAAGCAUCGAACCAGUGAAGACGUCCGACACACAAAGCAAUGAUGUAGUGAUCACCAAGACCGGCUUUACAGAGCUAGGGAGACCUACUGUCCUGGCCAAGCACUCUGCCAAGGAAGAACAUUUUGAGCAGCGCAAAGUGCGAUUUGAUGUCACCAAUUAUUCUCAACUGAGCAUUGGUGAAAUAUACUCUGGGUUUCUCAGUCAAGUACACAGCAGCCGUGAGCUUCAAGUUAACAUGGUGAAGUAGAUGCACCAAAAAUUUGAGGUAUAGACCCCACCAUUCUUUAAGUUAUGCAUAUCCUGCCAGCCCCCAACUCUACUGUUUAUUUUGAAUAUGAUGUAAACUUGAUCACCAUGAACAUGAAUAACAACCUAUGAAACAAUCCUUUCAAAAUCCGGCUUAAAGCUUGUGUAGUUCUCAUGAGCCGACUAUGGCCGGUUGUAGCAUCAAAGGGUUGUCGUAAAAUUGCAACAAUACAAGCAAUAUGCAUUAGCUCCCAAGUGCCAAGUACUCUUGCUCGCAAAGUGCUUGGGACUUAUUCAUAUAAGACACCACAUAAAUAGAGCUUUCAGUAGACAUUAGCCCCCAAGUGCCAAGUGUUGUUACUUGCAAAAGGCUUGGGACUUAAUGUUUUGAACUAACGUUGAAUUAUGAUUUCACUCCGGUGUAUGAACAGACCACCACUGCUCAACUUCAAUCAGAGCUUUCUGAUUUGAAGACUCACCUAGACCUGCAAGAGGCUGAGACCCAGAAGGCGAACUCAAAGUUCGAAUUUAGUGUGGCUGAGGCAGAAAAAUUGAAAGCCGGCGUUGAGGUUGAUAAAACCGCCUGGGCUCAAGAGAAAAUUGCCUUGACACAAUGGGCUGAGAAGGCGGAGGCGGCUCUCCAGGAAGCGACCACUGAACUCACUGGCUUAAAAUGCCAGGUGUCUCAGAUGGUUUCUGCUAUCUUUGGCCCUAGGAGUAGCAACCUCAACCAAGACAUGCUUGUGAAGCUAAAGGUGGUUUGCACAUUGGUGGAGCAGCUUUACACUGGUUCUCAGCGCGCAUUGGCCACAAUUUCUCCGUCCAAUGAAGCCCCCACACUCUUGGUUGAUGUGUUAAGGAAACUUUCCGUCUUGCCCGAGAGGUUUAAUGAAAUGAAGCAAUCAUCAGCGAGAGCCGGGGCUGUGAUUGCCUUAAGCCGGGCCAAAGCAUGGUUACCGGAGUUAGACUCAGCUGAUAUCUCUAUUGGGUAUCCAAGCUUCAAGGAAGACGUCACUCCGUUUGACCAUAAGGACUUUGCUGCUUGCGUGAAGGAUAUAUGUCCUUUGGCCAGUCUGAUCGCCAAUGAGACAGACCUCACCAAAUACCAACCGGCUUACGAUGUGGGAAAUCAGAAGAUGCCAAGACCGUCUUACAAAGUGAAAGACCUGAUCCCCCCAAUCUGUAAGCACACUUUUGCUCCUGAAGUUGACCCGUCCAAGCUAAUUGAUGAUGAAGCUGAGUUCCAAGCUUUGAGUGGCAUUGACUGGUCGUCACCAACCUUCCAGGAUGUAGAAUAGGACAAAGAAGCGGAGAGGGAUUAUGCGGAAGCGUCAGGCCAUCAAGAAGAGUUCAUAUUUGUGACCUUCUGAAAAUAUAGUUAAUCAUCU